UUGGAUACAGUGACUGAUUGAUUUAUCCAAAAACCCAAACGGUAACGCUAAGCUUCUCCCGUUCUCCGUAUUCCCAAGGUUCUACUCCGAUGUCGGAUCCGGAGCUCGUAAUGGAUCCUCCGGUAGUGAACGAGUCAUCCUUCUCUGAGAUUUGGCCAUUCUCAGUGAACUAUGGUAUCCAAUUACCGCUUAAUUUGGGCCAAGACUUCACUUGUCGAAGCGAAUUAUUCGGGUAUUCCGGUAACAGUUACAUAUCGGCGGCUGAGGAGUCUACGGUGACGGACCUAACCGGAGGAGGAAGAAAGAGACGACCUUUGACCAGCGUUACUCGAUUGAAAGAAUCAAGGAAGAAGAAAAUGAAAGUUUGUGGAUCUGAAGGAGAAACUGAGGAUGGUUUGAGACCUGAAGAUGAAACAAGUUCUGGUGGUGGAGGCAAAGAAACAGAAGAAAAGAGUCCGGCAAAGGAUUAUAUUCACGUGAGAGCAAGACGAGGACAAGCUACUGACCGGCACAGUCUAGCAGAGCGAGCUAGAAGAGAAAAGAUCAGUGAGAGGAUGAAGUUUCUUCAGGAUUUGAUUCCAGGAUGUAAUAAGAUCAUAGGCAAAGCUCUUGUGCUUGAUGAGAUUAUCAAUUAUAUUCAGUCGUUGCAACGGCAAGUUGAGUUUCUAUCGAUGAAGUUAGAAGUCGUUAAUUCAGAUGUGAGCAGUGGUCCGGAAGUAGGAAUGUUCGCUUCUGGAGAUGUAAGCCUCAAACUCCUUUCUUUGGAAAUUCUUACGAUGCUACUAAAAUUACAGUACUUAGUAAUUGUUGAUCAUAAGGUUUCACCACCAAUACUAAAUUUGCUGGCAAAUAUCAAUCUUUAUACUCUGUUGUCAAUACAGUUCCGUGGUCCAUAUAGUAGUUUGGUUCUCUUACAAACGUAUGAUUUCGUUGUUUGUUCAUCUGUGGCUAUUGGUUGGAUAGAAUUAACUGAUCUUCAUAACAAAAGUCAGCCUACAAACUUGCUUGAUCUUUGGGAUCAAAAAGAGCCACUGACUUUUGCAUGAGUUAUUGGUGUUGUAUU